CUUUGGGCACCUGGUCCUUCACGAACUUUCCUGGGCUGAGAGGUGGAGCCUUGCCUGCCUCUGCACCUGGCCCGUUGACGGGGCAUGGAGCAGCCGCCUUAGGAGCUCAGAGAGCACAGCGGGAAGCAGCAGAGAGCAGGCUGGUGGCACUGUGCCUCCCUCUCGCCCACUGGGAGUUGCCCCACUGGGCAUGAGGGAGGAGAGGCUGAGUGUUCUGAUGACACAGGGUGAGCAGAAUGAGGAUUGUGAAGUCACAGAGGAAGUGGGAUACUAUAGCUGGGGCUUGGGCUGGCUGCCUGCAAGAGGAAAGGUGUUGCCUAGGCAGAUCAGUGCUUUCUGCCUGGUGGAAGGGAGCCUCUGGGAUCAGCAGGGCACACCUGGUGCUCACGGUGGACUGAUGAGUCGGAUGCAGAAGCCUCCAUGGCUUUGAUAAGCCUUGUGUUCCUGGCAGUGAUGUAUGUUGUUCACCACCCCUUGAUGGUCAGUGACCGGAUGGACCUGGACACGCUAGCCAGAAGUCGGCAGCUGGAGAAGCGGAUGAGCGAGGAGAUGCGCCAGUUGGAGAUAGAGUUUGAAGAGAGAAAGCGAGCAGCUGAGCAGAAGCAGAAGGCAGAGAACUUCUGGAGAGGAGAUACAUCCAGUGACCAGUUAGUGCUAGGGAAGAAAGACAUGAGAUGGCCGUUCCAGGCUGAUGACCAGGAGGGGCCACUGGGCUGGAUGCUGGGAAACCUGUGGAAUGCUGGCCUCUUUUGCCUUUUUCUCGUCUUUGAGCUCCUGCGACAGAACAUGCAGCAUGAGCCAGCCUUUGAUUCCAGCAGCGAUGAGGAGGAGGAGGAAGUCCGUGUUGUGCCUGUCACCUCCUACAACUGGCUUACUGACUUCCCUUCGAGGGAGGCUCUGGAAUCUUUUUACAAACACUAUGUCCAGAAUGUCACUCGUGAUCUGCCCUGCACCUGUGAGUUUGUGGAGAGCUUUGUGGACGACCUGAUUGAGGCCUGUCGGGUGCUCAGCCGCCGGGAGGCUCACCCACAGCUGGAGGACUGCCUGGGCAUCGGGGCUGCCUUUGAGAAAUGGGGAACCCUCCACGAGACCCAGAAAUUUGAUAUUCUGGUGCCCAUUGUUCCCCCACAGGGCACUAUGUUUGUGCUGGAGAUGAGGGAUCCAGCCCUAGGCCGCCGCUGUGGCUGUGUGCUGGUGGAGUCGGAAUGUGUGUGCAAGCGCGAGAAGCUUCUGGGGGAUGUGCUGUGCCUGGUGCACCACCAUAGGGAUCACUCAGCCGUCUUGGGCAAGUGUAGCAGCUCCAUCAAGGUGGCUCUCUGCACUGGCUCCCACCUGGACGUGUGCAAGACAGUACAGUGGUUCCGGAACAUGGUGGGCAAUGCCUGGGCCCUUGUGGCCCACAAAUACGACUUUAAGCUCAGCCUCCCACCGUCUACCACCUCCUGCAAGCUCAGGCUGGACUACCGCUCAGGCCGCUUUCUCUCAAUCCAAUUGGUCCUGGGGGUGCAACGGGAAGACACCUUGGUCUAUCUGGUGAGUCAGGCUCCUGACCAUGAACAGCUAACCAGUGUGGAUUGGCCUGAGUCCUUUGCAGCCUGUGAACACCUUUUCCUGAAGCUGGUAGGGCGUUUUGCUCCAGAGAACACCUGUCACCUCAAGUGCCUCCAGAUCAUCUUAAGUCUCCGGGACCUUCAGAGUUUACCCCAGGGAGCAUCCCGUCCCAUCCUCACCUCUUACCACUUCAAAACAGCCCUCAUGCACCUGUUGCUGCGGCUGCCUCUAACAGACUGGCAGCACAGCAUGCUCUCCCAGCGGCUCCAGGACAUCCUCUGGUUCUUGGGCCGUGGCCUCCAGCAAAGGUCCCUCCAUCAUUUCCUCAUCGGUAACACCUUCCUGCCCCUGACCAUCCCGAUCCCUAAGACAUUUCGGAAUGCUGAGCCUGUCAAUCUCUUCCAACACCUGGUGCUAAACCCCACGGCACACUCACAGGCAGUGGAAGAAUUCCACAGCCUUCUGACCCAAGUGAAAAUGCUGCCCUGUGCCCCAUUGCCUGGGGAACAUUAAUGUAAAGGCCAUUAAAAAAGGGAAGAAGGUAUUUCUGAUUCCUCAGGCUGCCAAAGAGUUUAUUUUUCAGACACAUUAGUGGUAUGUGUGACUUUCACCUUGUGAGGGGUGGAGGGGCUAUGAUAGAUUAAGAUACUUUAAGGAGUACCUGAAGUACUCAUAAGGAUGGGGUCCAACAUACAUGAGGAUGUAGGAUGUAAUCCCAGGUGUGUCUUCUGAGGUUUCUUACUCCUGACUUUUAGCUGACCCAGGGAACGGAUCUUAUGGAAGGCUCUUGCAGCUAGAGUUGAGACCAGAGGGGGCCUGUGAGGUUGUGUUUUGUGUCAACACUGGAAGUAAAAGAGAACCAGAGAAUACCUCCAUUCCAGCUUAUUUCUUUUUUUUUUUGUGAAUGACUCUCAGCACAUUCCUUGUAAACUGGUUUCCUUGUUGAAUUGUUAGCUUAAUUCACAUCCAAGCUGAUAGCAGUCCAUUUUAUCCUAAAUACUAUGAAGGUAACUUCUCGUAUUUUAGGAUCUAAUUUUUCAGACCUCCUCUGUUUGAAGGUGUAGCCAAGAUGUUUAUUUUCCAUUUUCUUAAUUUAGCCCUAUUUUUGUAUAAUAUAUAGCUGUUUUUAUGCAUCUGAAAGAAAACUCCACUACUACCCAAACAGUUGAUUAGCCUUGAUCCACAAAUAUUAAGUCCAUGGUGAUCUAUUUCAUAAUUGAGAUAAUGUACUUACUAAAAUUAAUGAAAUAGCUAGCAUCUAACGAGCUUCUCCUGCCUGGAAGCAAUCUUUGGGGGGUUGGUUUCUGAAAUGAACAAUUAGUUUCUAAAGGGAGCCACUUGUUUGUCCAAUGAAAAGAAGGUUUAGCCACCCUGUGUAGCUGUGCUUUUUCUCAGUCUGUUAAUGCCUUUGUGUUCUCUUUUCAAAGAUGACAAAGGGAUAUUUUGAACUAUGAGGUUUUGCAAAUUGGGGUCAUCUCAAUUCAGGCCCGUUGCCAGGGUCGGACAGGAAGGGAACUGUGGAGCAGGCCAGCACUAACAGAGUUGUGACUCUGGAGAUGUGAUUGGUGGAUUUUUCCCUUCUUUCAAAAUCCUAGGCGGCAUCCUGAUGAGGAGGCUUAAGAAAAGUGAUUAUCGUUGUGGGUGUGGUUGUUUUGGAAAUAACAAUGCUGUUCCUGCCCUGCAUGCCAGGAAGAUCUGGAGAGGAUAACCUGGCCCCAACAUUUAACUCCAUCACAGGGGGGUUUGGAUGCUGGCCUUGUGGGCUUUGGUUGUAUCCACUCCCUCUCCAUCGCAAAAAUAAAUGACAAAUUUAUGUCCCAGGAGUUCAUGCCAGUCAGUAUUUGAGAUUCCCACUGCACAGUAGCGGCUGUGUCCUGUGUUGUCUGCUAUCUGCCAUGUAGUGCUUUCAAGAAAGUUAAGAUGCAGUGAUGGUUGGUUUGAUGCCAGUGGGAUUUUGAUAUUUUGUAAUCAUCCAUAUUAUUUUUGUUUAGAAAAUAAUUUGCUGGUGUUUUAGUUCCACAUCAAUAAAGGAAGCUAUUUUGUGUGUCAUUUGGAA